CGUCCCUGCGCCCCAAGACCACGCCAGCCUCCACAGUUGCCCGACACUCAUCGCACAACUUCACGACCUCUUAGACCUUGUUAUCACUCGUAAUCAACCACUAUGCGUUCCAAGUUCAAGGAUGAGCACCCUUUCGAGAAGCGCAAGGCAGAGGCAGAGCGCAUCAGGCAGAAGUAUCCAGAUCGUAUUCCAGUAAUUUGCGAGAAGGCAGAUCGGACAGAUAUUCCUACCAUCGACAAGAAGAAGUAUCUUGUGCCUUCGGAUCUUACUGUGGGACAGUUCGUGUACGUGAUCCGGAAGCGUAUCAAGCUCGCACCCGAGAAGGCUAUCUUCAUCUUCGUCGACGAGAUCCUUCCACCAACGGCUGCACUGAUGAGCGCGAUCUACGAGGAGCACAAAGACGAAGAUAACUUCUUGUACGUCAGCUACUCGGGCGAGAACACCUUCGGUCAACAAGGAUGGGUCGAGCUCCCUUCGGACGCAUGAUGCUGGUUCUCUCGAGGUUACGCGGAUUGUUUUUGGAUUUCUUCUUUCGUCAUCUUGAUAUCUAAUAAUGUCCUGGCCUCUCUCAUCGACGUAAUGGACUAUCGGCGUAGAUGUUGAAGAUCAGGACAUUAGCAUCCUUCAUCCUGGGGUAAUAGGGGCGUCUCGUCAUCUGGACCACCGAGCCACCGUCCUGCCUGCCCCCAUAUCCCCCAUCGUUGGUUCCGUCGUUCUUGCGCGUUGCUCGUCGUAUAUUGGCCUUUGUAUUUUACUAGUAUUGUUCCUGUCUACAUUCGUUACAAAGAGAAUUGUUAUAUAUAGGAAACACAUCUUACGUGAACUUCAAUCUGU